UUGUUUCAUAAGGAAAAAUUCCUUGCACAUAAUUUUCAUUUAUUAUGUACGCAACGAUAUUCAUCUAGAUAAAAUAGAUAUUUAUGUUUUAGUAUGUAGUUUUUAAAGCUGAAAAAAAACCAUUUUUUUCUUAAUCUUUAGUGGAUUUUCUUGGUAAAUUUUUCAAAUACAUUUUGCUUUAUCCGAAAAAAUCUGCGGAAAAAUUAAAAAACUCUGAUUUUUUUCGAGCUUUUAAAACUAGGUAUAUUUUUUAUACAGUUAUAAUUGUUUACUCAAGUUUUUGCUUUUGUUUUGCGCUUCGUGAAAUGAAAUGUAUGAUAUCGCGAUCGAUCACAAUACUUUUCCUCGUGUUGAGCACCAAAUCGCUGACAGAAGGAAUAGACAUCAACAAUUAUUUCCUACUGAUCAACGAUGUUCACAGAUAUUAUCGCACAUCGUGUAUUAUUUUCGUGAGAUCUGACAAAUACGAUUUGAACAUGACGGCACCGGUGUAUACGUGGUCUUACAAACUCUCACAGCAGCGAGUCAUGACUGCAACCAGAACUUUCUCGGACUUGACGAGCGAGUACGAUAGGUACCAGAAGAAUAUCACGCGGCCGUUGUUCGUCGUUCUUCUCGAUACCGAAGAGACCAUGAUCGAGUUUAGCGUGACCACGAAGACCAUAAAACCUAUGUCUUUUCCCUUCUGGCUCGUUAUGUUUCUUCAGUUUCCUGGAAAUCCUCUCGAAAAGUACUGCAAACACCCUACCAAUAAUGUAUUCAACGUGGACUUCGGUACCCAGAUGCUAGUCCUGUGCUACGAUCGCCCAAAUUUGAUCGAGUGGUACGCCAUUCGUGAUAAUCGUACCAGAACGUUCGAUCUAGCUACGUGGUCUCCCGACACAGGUAUGAUUUUGAGGACGCUGGAGCAUAUCUACGUCAGGAGAAGCGACAUGUUCGGCGACGUAAUGCGCGUGGGGUCAGUAAGCAACUCACCACUGAUCUCGCACGAGAAUCAUACGCUUGGCGGAAUGUUUGGUGCGCUGCUGACUGGUGCGCUGCUGACAGAACUUAGCAAAGUGAUGAAUUUUACGGUAAAAGUUCUGGAUCCAUUAGAGGGAUUUGGCGCGUUGAAUGAGCACAGGACAGGUUGGACAGGUGUAGUUGGUCAAAUACUAACCAACGAAGCCGAUUUUGGCGUCUCCUCGUUUACGAGGACAAUCGAGAGACAAGAUGUCGUUGACUUUACGGUAACAUUGAUACGGUCGAAGUACUACCUCUUUUAUAAGCAGGCAGAUAUCGAUGACGUGACCUGGUCCACGUACUUUAGAACAUUCAGCUUUGAAGUGUGGAUAUCAAUAGUAAUAUUAAUAAUAAUCGCUACAAUUAUUUUGACUAUUAUGAAGACAAAGCGAUUUUCGACGACUUCAAUAUUCGAAAACUAUACUAAAGUUUGGGGCAUUUAUUGUCAGCAGAGUCUACCAGAUUUUCCCAAAGAGUCACCAAUGAGAUUGGUUUUUCUUUCGGUCUAUGUUUCAUCGAUAACAGCUAUGGCCAUGUAUUCCGCUUCGGUAAUCAGCUCUCUCGCGACUUCUACGCCUAAAUUGCUUUUUUCUUCUAUGGAAGAUUUCGUUAACGAUGGUUCUUACAAAUUUCUCGUAGCGUUAAACAGCGCCGAGUACGAACUUCCUAAAAAUACCAAGGAUGCCGUGUUCAUUAAACUGUAUACAUUAAGGGAUAAAAAAAAGUAUUUACCUUCGUCGUUGUUGGAAGGACUUAAACAAAUAUGCAAUCGAGAACGCGUGGCGUUUUACACAACGGAGUUUCACAAAGAAUCUUUGCAUUAUAAAAUGCAAUGUACGACAGGACGUGUUUCUACUGGAAGAUAUUCUAAUAUAGGAUUUAUAUUAGCAAAAGGAAGUCCUUACACUAGUUUUAUAAAUUAUCACCUUCGGCGAUUUAGAGUUCAAGGUGUUAUCAGCAAGUUGAAGAAUGAACAUAUGCGAGCAAAUGUUCCUCUAAGUGAGACUAUUUUCGAAAAUGUUAAUUUGCAAGCAGUAGCGCCAAUUUUGACCAUAGUGAUAGGAAGUAUGAUCCUAGCACUAUUUAUCUUGAUAAUCGAGAAACUGUAUUAUUCGUUUAAAACUCGAUCUGAAAACAACAAACUGUUCAUUAAAAAAUUUAGUAAUAAUCUCAAAGUAAAGAAUAAAUUUCAAAAGAGUAACAUUGAUUUAAAUCUAAUGCUUAAAGAAUUUUAUUAUAAUAGACCAUUUGGAUAUUUGCCAUAACAAAAAAAAAAGAAUUGCUUUGAAUGUUAGGUAUAUACAAGAACGUAAAAUAAUAUUUGCGAUAUGUAAUCACGUUUAUUAAUUUAUUUAGUAUUUUCUUACAUAUCAUUAAAUUGCUCACAGAUCUUUGUAUGGGCUGUUUCAAUUACCUUUUAAAUUCUGGAUAAUAAAUAUUGAACAGAUUUUGGUUUCACGAUCUAUUAAUAAUAAAUGCAAGUUGAAUAGUUGCUAUUGACACACUAACAACACUCUGACUUGUAUUUAUUAUACCGUAUGUAUUAUGUAAAAAAGGUUUUUAUUAUAUUAUAAUAGCUUUAUUUUCUUAUAUUAUAAUACUAAAUUGUAUACUGUAAAACAUAAAUUCAUAAGAUGUUUGAUUGUAAGAACUAAUAUAUUGGAAUUUGUUUUAAAUGCUUUUAUGCUCGAGUCCCAUUUAGUAAAAAGGAAAAAAAAGUAAAUAGAUUGUGUAUAGGAUUAUUAUCGAAUACGCUAUGUUAAAUUUUAAAGCCUUUCCGAUCAUCAAUUUAAAUUGCAUUGAAAGCUUAAUAAUUUAUUAUUAACCAUUAUACAUUUAUAGACAGUUGUAACAGGUUUUGCUUCUUGAAUAAUUAAACUGUUCAUGAUAAACGAGGCAUAUACACAGACAU